AUGCACACUAUAGAGAGAUAUAAAGCAAGAAAUGGAGAAUGUAAAGCGUAUAAAAUCAUACAAUAUGCCUAUUAUAAAAAAGAAGAAAAAAAAGAUUGUUGUUCAUUAAUAAAAAAUCGACCUCUAAGUUUCAAAGAUACCGCGACGGUUAUUCGUGCAGCGGGCUACAGUCCAUCGAAUGUUGAACUCAAACAUAUUAUCGAUACGAAAAUGGGUACAACAUAUACGCAUCAAUUAUUCGAUUUGAAAACUAUUCAAGAAUUGUGUACCGGCAUAAAGAAACGAUCGGAACGUGAAGUACACGAUAGUUUACGUUGUUUCGAUUAUGAACGUAAUGGAUUCGUUUCGGAGCAAGAAUUACAAUAUUUUCUCAGUACUCGAGGUGAAAAAUUAACCGACGAAGAAAUCGAUGGCAUGCUACGCGACAUGGAUAUCGACGGACAAGGCAUGCUUUCGAUCGAACAAGCGCUAUCGGUGCCCUUCGUCGGCGAUUAUACCGAGUAG